UUUUUUUUUUUGUCAACAUAGAGGUUAUAUGAUUUAGUGAAAAUUCAGCAAAAUGUUAAUAACUGGAUUGUAAAAUUGUUAUAUACCACCGAUUUACUUUCAGAUUACAAAAUUAUGCACUUUGGGAACCACACCUUGAUGUGUUAGUAGAGGCGUGAUGCUUCAUAUAUCAGGAUCCAAAUCAAGAUAAAAAUCCACUACGGCCCUUGUUUGUGUGUGUUGAAUGCAUAGUUGCUUUGCUUGUAUGUAUGUGUUGCGUGCCAUCCUUGAAUUGUGCGUUUUUUUUUUGCCCAAUUUUAACUUAGCAGUCGCUCACAGGUGGACCCUUGUGUCAGCUAACAGACACUUACAUGCCGCAAUAACCUAGCGUCGGCGGCCGGCGCCUCUCCCGGCGAGGGCGCAGCAGGGCUCCGCCGGCGAUCUCUCAACCUGCGCGCUGGCGACCAACCCCCUUUUCCCCUAUCCGGAGCUGCCUCCCUGCUCUUCCCUGUCGCGCUCCGGCGGCGGUGGGUGGGUAAGUCGGGAAGAAAUGGUAGGUUCUCUCCCCACAGGCCACAGCAACGCAUGUCUGCUUGUUUGAUCUGAUUGCAGAUGCCAACCUCAACACAUGGUGUGUCGUUCGAUCCAUCUGUUGUCACAACACCGCACCAGAAAAUUUCAUGGAGGGCCAAGAUGGGCAACCAAAAUCUGGAUAUGCUGCUGGAUAUACUUCCAAAUCAGGACAAUGCUUCCAGGAGGUUUCAAAGAAGGUUGCAAAAUGGAAGCUUCUUUUACGAUGGUCCAAAAUCAGUAGUCUCUAAAUCUGAAGGUGCUGGAUUCCAUAUGAGGCUGAAACACUUGGCUCCUAGUCAACAAUGCAUAGGAGAAAGAUAUGUGAUUUGUCAAUAUGAAAUCAAAUGUGUUGGGUGGCAGAUCUUCACCCUUGCCUACUUCCUAGUCAACAAUGCCUUUGAAGAGCAUCUGAUCAGCAUGUGUCUGAAGGCUGAAGAGCCACCGGAUCUUCUAACGGCCGCGUCACAUAUAUACAUGUCGGACAGAAUAUAAGAUCUCAAUCUUGAAAAAGUACGGCUCCUUUGGCCACUUUGACGCAUCUGUUUAUGACUGGAUACUAGGACCGGCAACUUUUGUUAGCUUCAAGAUAUUUCUUCCAAAAAAGUUAGUUAGUUAUCAAAGGACUAUGUAAGUUUUUUUUUUAUAAAAAUUACUAUACCUGAAUUGUCCCUUUUGAGUGAGGAAUUUGGUCGAUUGCAAGAACGUA